AAUUAUUAAUGCAAACUCCAAAUAACCUAUUAAUAUUAGCCAAAAUGAAAAAGUGUCGUAAAAAUAUGACUAAAUUAUAAGAGAAAAUUGAUUUACUAACAUCAAUCAUUGAUUAAUAAUCUAUUCAUAUGUCAAAAGAUUUUUAAUGCAAUCUCCCUCCUUCAGAAUAAAAACCAGAAAUAAUUAUUAGUGAUGAAGCUAGUGUUGAGAUUGUUCUAACUUCAAAUGAACCAGAACCUGCAACAACUCCCCAAGAUUUAAAAUCAAUAGCAAAGAAAUUAGUUUCCAGAUUUUAUUAUCACAUAAGUGAAAAGAUGAAAGAAGGCUCUCUCAAUCAAUUACAAGCCUUAAAAUAAAUGUGUAAUAAACAAUACAAAGACAAUCCUUACAAGCAACUCUUCCAAGGAUUCUAAAAACUAUAUGUAAAUUCUGAAUUAAAGUGUAAACAAUGCAAUAAAUCGUUCUCGAAUGCCAUGCAAAGUACUACCCAUGUGCUUUAAGAACAUUUGAAUGAUCUAUCCAUUUUUAUAUGCAUCUAAUGUAAAUUGACAUUUCAAAAUAAAGAAAAAUUAGAUGAUCAUAUACUUCAAUAACACAAUCCAACCUUCACUAAUCAAAUUCCUGAAAAGUAACUCUAAAAACAGCCUACGUUUUCAUUAAAUAAGGUAAUUUAAAAUGUUGAGAUGUACUCACUCCCACCUACUUUACCUUAACCAAUAAAGUAGAAGAUUCUUUUCUAAUCUCAAAUUAACCAAUAAAGCAAUUAUGAUGAUUCGCGUAUCUAAGAAGAAUUAUCAGAAAACAAAAAUAGUUAAGAAUAAUUUUCAAUGAUCUCAGAAUGUAUGAAAUAAGAAUAAUAAUAAACACACACAAAUGAAAUGGAUUCACUUAACAAUCAAAAAAAAACAUCAAGCAUUAAAAUUAAAUUCAUUACUAAAAAAAACCAAUCAUACAAAUAUUGA